AUGGGCAAGUCUAAGAGGAGAUCCAAGGCCUCGAGGUCGCACCUCAAUCCAUUAGGUGGCAAAAAUAAAAGCACCAACAGGGACGAAGCAAUGAGCGUAAAGAAAAUUCAACCUCUGCUCAAACAACUUAAUAGCGCGGCUCCGAAUGAUAGGGCUAUGGCCCUGGGAUCAGUUACAGUGCUGUGCGAAGAUCCAUACAUGAGAAAGCUCUUUCUGAAAGAGAAGCUGUUACACCUGAUCAUGAGCAAGCUUUUAUCUGACGACAACAUGGAGAUUGUUGUUGAGUCCUACGGGCUACUUAGAAACUUAGCACUAGAAGAGGGCUACGACGUUUGCGUUUUCUUAUGGCGUUCUGACAUCUGGACGUGCAUAAAAAGUGGUCUGGAAAAACUACUUAAGUCGUUAGAAUCGCUGAAGGCUAAUAUCAAGAGCAGCGCAGAGUCUACAAGGUUGCUUUUUGACUUUGGCGACAACUUAGUGUCGGUAGUGGUCGCGCUAACUAGUGGCUCCGAUAGCAUUUUGGAGGACUUCUUAAAAUCUGACAAGCUGGCCUGCAUGUUUUCGGUACUUGGGUCUGUGCUGAAUUACGCUUUAGUGGAAAAGGAUCUGAAGGUGUCUCUGAGAAUUCCAGUUUCAUUUUUCAAUACCAUUUUGGACUUCAUCUACGAUUUGAGCUCUGAAUCUCUUGGGUUUAUUGACGCAGUAGCGCAAGACGCAUUCUUGGCGGAAUUUGUGAAAUCCUUGCCAACAAUGCAACUGACGAAUGCGAAUGGGCUUACCACAGUGUUAAUUCAAGGCAUAUACUUACAGUUUUUGGACAUGGACGUCUCCUCUGAGCAGGUUAACGAGAUACUCGGAAAAACUUGUUCAGCUAUUGAGACCAUUGAUCUUGCUGAAAUGAAGAAAAGCCUUUCAACAAAAGACUUUGAUGAUAGUGUAGCCAGCUUGCCUGACAAGGAAGUGUCCGGAAAGAUUAAGGAACUCAACAAAAGGCGUGCUCAGGCAUCAGUCAGCUUGCAGAGCAUUGAGGUGACACUAGAUAUCAUUACCGCAUCCUUGGAAAUCGUGGCGGCUCAAGUUGAAAGGGCGAAUGCUCAGCUUGACGACUCGAUGCUUCAAACUUUGACCGUUUCCUUACCCAUGGUUUUCCAGUCACUUUUUGCUGACUUCAGGUCACGCAUCCUUAUCGCGUGGAACAACAUGCUCUGGUUAUACCUAACCUUGCAAAUAAACUUUUUUGAGCUGCCCAAUAAUAUGUGGCAGCACCUUUGGGACUCGCUUGUCAGUGAGACCCCUGAGGAACAAGCGGAUUUUAGCAUGAGGCUUGGUAAGCUGGGCGUGAUGUGGGCACUUUUGAAGACCGCGCAAAUGCAAGAGGACAAUGUUGCGUUUUUGAGCAAGUUUAACUGCGCCAACUCUGCGUUCGUUGAAGCGAUAGAAACUCAAUAUAACCUCGUCCAAGAACUUGAUCCAAGCGAGGACCAGGAGCUCAAACAGAGAUGCAUCGGUAUACUGGCGUGCCUUGCUUCACUUCCUGGCCAUGUUGAGCUUAACCGCCAAAUUGGUCAGUUUUUGAUCCAAAAACUUGCGGACGAGCAUACUCCAGCCGCUACCAUGAUCGAUAUUUCCGACGCAUUGUUCGACAUCUACAGCGAUGCGAACUUUGAUUAUGAUGAACCAGUGUUCGUUGGCGAUGGGUUUAUCAAUGUUCUCCAGGAAAAGGUCCUGCCGAGCAUGAGAAAGUGCUUCAAAUUUGUAGAUAAGAACAAGGACCCAGAACUUAAAGCCAGGUCUCAAAGUUGCUUUGGCACGAUGGAACGGUUCAUCCAUUACAAAGUUGACGAGCGCAAGUAG